GUGGAGCUGGGGAACGUAGAUUAACGUUGGUCUGAGACCGCUACAAAAAGUUUCUAAAAAAUAAAAGGUUCUUCGACAUCCUUCGUAUCUCGAUGAAAUUUUGCGAGAGUAAUCAUCCCCUGAAAGAAUCCUCGCUGAAUUAUAAAGGCGAAGAAGGUGACUUGGGGACGUGUGGGUUUUAAUCGAACACGAUCGUCAAUGUUUCUUGAAUUAUUCUUUCGCGCGAUGAUCGCGUUGACGGGAAAAUUCCGAGUACGUUGUACAUUUGAGGAUCACCCUAUGAGGGUACAGCGUGGAAAGCUAUAGGUGCUUUCGAUCCUCCGAAUCCCUCGACCCUCCGAUCCACCGACCCCUUCCGUCGUUCAUCCACCGGGCAACGAUCAACAAUUAUUGCCCGGCCAUAUCAGCGAGAGGAAGUCGAGGUGGAGGGAGGCUACUACCCCUGGACCGAGCCCCAGUUUCUGUGUCCCCCAGAACCGCGAAACCGUGCGGAGCGCAGGCGUCGAGACGCCCGCCGACGCCACAUCAAACGUAGCCGCUAUAGGUUAAAUCCUCGGAUCCGUUUUUCUUGUUUUUCCCACAGUGGCACCUGAUCCCGCCUUCAAAAGUAGACCCGGACCAAUCCGCGGUACACGUCGCCCUCAGUUUCUCCGAUACAUCUCUCGGCGUUCGUCUACCAUCAUAACUGACCCUCAGUCGGCGUUCGUUAUCAGAUCAGAAAGACACCGACGUCGGUAGACCGUCCUCGUCCUUGCGGUGUCGAUUGGUUGUUUUUUUUUUUUUCUUUUUUCCACUCAUUUUUGACCCCGGAUUUUCGACCGUUGAAAAAAGUGCGACACCGUGAAUUCAAAAAUCAGUGCGACUCGGACUCGUUCCCGCUGCAGCUAAGGCCAAAAAAUUUCGAAGAGACUCUAAGCUAAUCGAGAGAAGCGCAGUAGUAAUAUCGGAGUGCGGUCCGACCGCGGGACGUACGUGAUAAGCCAUGCAAAACGGACCGACGGCCGUCGGGAGUGCCGGAGAUCAUCUCCGUCAGGUACAACAACUCCAUCACGGCAGCAGCCCCGAACAUCCACGGAGUCCAGGGAGUCCGUUGAGCUUGCGACGAGAUUCCGCCGACAGCAGCGUAAUUUCACCGGGACUCCCGGAGCGCUACAGUCCUCUGGGUGCAACGGGAUCGGCGUCCAGCCUGGACCCGUACAACACGAAUCGCGGCGUUCAGGACUGUCCGUUGCCACUUUGCCGAGGAAUGCCUACGGAAUUCGCACCGCCGAGAUCACCGUAUCUGACGACACUCGGCAACGGUCAUCCCCAUCUCAUGGGGCAGGUGCAACAACAACCCCAACACGGAAGCAAACCACCUCGGACACUGGGCUUGAUUUGCGUCGUGUGCGGCGACACGAGCUCCGGUAAACACUACGGGAUAUUGGCCUGCAACGGGUGCAGCGGUUUCUUCAAGCGAAGCGUACGACGGAAGUUGAUAUACCGAUGCCAGGCGAACACCGGAAGUUGCAUAGUCGACAAAGCGCACAGAAAUCAGUGUCAAGCUUGCCGUCUCAAGAAAUGCAUACAAAAAGGGAUGAACAAAGACGUAAUUAUUGACAAUAACGUCAGUAAUACGCUUGUUGCAGCCGUACAGAAUGAAAGACAACCCCGUAAUACGGCGACCAUAAGACCGGAGGCUUUGGUUGAAAUGGAGCAGGACCGAGCGCUUCGAGAAGCCGCGGUUGCCGUCGGAGUUUUUGGUUUCACCAAUUCUUUCAGACCACCCGUAUCCCUGGCGAUGGCCAGGUACACGGCGCCCCUACCACUCCCGUCAAUCGCACCGACCCCCAAUUCGACGAGCGCCUCGACGCCACCCCGUCAAGAACCCGAGGACGGCAACGGUUCCGAGGACAGUAUCGACGUAACGAACGAGGAACCGGUCGUACCGCAGCGCAGCGGAUGCGCCCAGUUACCGCCCGUACUUCCAGCCCUCUAUUCGCCGGCGACAGCCGAAACCGUCUACGAGACCAGCGCCAGGUUACUCUUCAUGGCCGUCAAAUGGGCGAAAAAUCUCCCCUCGUUCGGCAGUCUGCCUUUUCGCGAUCAGGUGAUACUCCUGGAGGAGGCGUGGUCGGAAUUAUUUCUUCUGAACGCCGUGCAGUGGUGUCUACCCCUGGAAUCGUCGCCGCUUUUCAGCACGGCCGAAUUGACAGCCCUCACGAUCUCGCAACCGCUUCAGUCUCACCCCGGGCUACAUUAUCCCGGUGUCGGGAAGUCGAAUCAAGUGGCCGCCGACGUGAGGCAUCUUCACGACACCCUCCACAGAUACAAAGCGAUGAUGGUCGAUCCCGCGGAAUUCGCUUGCAUGAAAGCCGUCGUUUUGUUCAGACCAGAAACCCGAGGCCUGAAGGACCCCAGUCAGAUCGAAAAUCUUCAGGAUCAGGCUCAGGUGAUGCUCGGACAGCACGCGAGAGGUCAACACCCCGGGAAUCCGGCACGUUUCGGAAGACUUCUUCUCCUUCUGCCGCUUCUCAGAGUCGUGCCGGCGACGAGGGUCGAACUAGUUUAUUUCCACAAGACCAUCGGCAACACCCCGAUGGAAAAAGUACUCUGCGACAUGUACAAGAAUUGAAUACGCAAUGUUUAUGUAAAAUAAAAAUUUUUCACAGUGAUACCCGCUCGCGAUAAUCGAACUUUUUGCGUGCAACGCAAACUUGUCCUGCAGCUGUUUUUUUUUUUUUUUUUACAAUCUUCGCCCUCUGAACGAGAAAAGGUGUCAAAUAUUUUCACGGGCUAAUUUUUAAGGGCUGUACAAACAAUAAGCGGGAUUAUAAAUAUUCGCGUACGACGGGCCGAUCUGUGCAGCGUUUUAAAUCCGAUUAUAUAAUAUCGAUAUAAAAUAGGUAUGUGUAUAAUAAUAGUUGGAAGUAUUCGACUAAACGAGUCUAACGUGUUGGCUUACUUCUGAACUAUAAUAACGAGAUUUAUAUUAUAUAUUAAAGUAUAAAAAUGGCAUCUAAUCUACAAGGAAUUAACAAUUAACUAUAUCGGAGGUAUUCAUGUAUUUGUUUAUAACUAUUUAUUCCACAUCAUUCGCUCCUGUAUUAUUAUAUGAUAAUAUAUAAUGAACAUUAAUUAGUCUUAAUUAAAUGAAUAUUAAUAUAUUUACAAAGAUUGUAUCUACGUACCGCGGGGGUGCGCUUAUGGUGUAUCAUAUACGACUACGUGAUCAUUUUCAAAAGUAUAAUUAGAAGAAGAAAAAAAAAUUAAAAUCCGAUAGCGACGAUGGGAAUAUGAUCGAGAACGCAAACGCGCACCCCCCCAGAUUUCGUGUUGUGAUAUUGUUAUCGUAAAACCAUGUAAUAUGUAUAGCUAUGGGUGACAAAUAUCGUGUCACCCUACAGUGUCUUUUCCUUGUAAUAAAAAAAAAAAAAGAAAAAAACCAACAAAAAGAAAAAUCAACAAAAAAAAUUAUCGAAAAGAAGAAUUCGAAAUAUAUACAAGUGUAAA